UAUUUAAAUCGAUAAGGUUAAUGGUAAAUGCUUUAUUGUAGCUGAUGAGUGGCUCCGAUUCCGAGCUUUUCGUCCACCUAUGUGUACAUGAACGUUAAACGUUUCCAUGGUUACGACAAGAAACGCGGCCCAUAAGCCAGAGCCGCUAAUUGAACGGUGCUCGCUAGUUCAGUCAUCCUUUAACGUGUUCUACAUUAACUGCAAAUACCAGCACUUAGGAAAGUCAUCGUCAAUGUGUGGACUCUUCCACAACGAGAUAAGAUCAUAAAAAAACAAACCUAUUAAGAAUAGGGAGAGCAUCUGAGAUGGACGACGAUUAUCUGUCUGAAGGCGAAGGAGAGCUAAAGGAAGUGGCAGAGCAACCUGAGGUCAAGGUCGGCCCUUUGACCCGCAACACCAUUGUGCCUUACCUCUCACUGCUGUGCCGAACAGGAAACGGACUAGCUCAUGCCUUUGUCAAACUGGACCUGAAUGACAAGAAACUAUCAGACCUAGAGGCCCUACGCAAAUAUGUACACCUGCGUUUCCUGGAUGUGUCCAACAAUCACCUCACUGACCUUUCUUGCCUGACUUCAUUGAACCAGCUGCUUUGGUUGAAGAUUGAUAAUAAUGCAGUGUCAAGUUUAAAAAAGCUACCUCUAGAUCAGUUUCCCUACCUGCAAUGGCUGAGCUUGGCUAGGAACCAGUUGGAGGAUAUGGAGGGCCUGGGUGGAACUGCCCUCGAGAACCUCAAUCUUAGUGGUAACAAAAUCCAGAGAGUGCACGGCCUACAGUAUGGUCAACUGACCAACCUGGGGAUCCUAGAGCUGAGAGGCAACUGCUUGGACACGACCGAUGGCAUCUAUCUUCCAAAACUUCGGAAACUUUAUCUGGCCCAGAACGUCAUAAAGCGCCUGGAGGGUCUGGAGAGACUGGAGCUUCUCACCACGUUACACCUCCGAGACAACCAGCUGGAGACCCUGGAAGGCAUUAGCCCCAGGAUGACAUCUCUGAAGUACCUCAAUGUCAGGGGUAAUCUGAUAUCCAAUCAGAAUGCCCUGCAGAGUCUUGUUCCUCUGCUUGGCACACUACAUGCUGUGGUUAUCUUGGAUAAUCCACUGGCUGAGUCCGGGGACUACCGCAUUGCGGUGCUGACCUGUCUGAUGCACCUGGAGCGGCUGGACAAGGAGCUCGUCUCAUCAGAGGAGAGGGCGGAAGCACAGGAGAGACUCAAAGAACUUGCGGUGGAAGAAGAAAUACCUGAGACGGAGGACACUUCGUGAUGGCUACAUUAAGGGGAAGUGUUAGUCAACUUCCCAUGAUGGAACCGGUUUGUGGAUAUGUUGGUAAAUGUGAAAAGAAGAAAGAAGACCCAAGUGCAUACACCCCCCCCCCCCCCCCCCACACACACACACACACACACACACACACACACACACACACACACACACACACACAUUUUAUACAGUAAAAAGGGUGUCCCAAAUUAAUUGCGAUUAUGCAUUUUUUGGUAUGUUUAAUAAAAUAUACAUUUCAUGUUGCUACAAAAACAUUCAAGAAUAUUUCACUGACUAAGAGUUUAAAAUUGAUAUUUAAUCUUUAGGUACUAGUGAGUAUUACCAUUAUCCCUUAGUAAGAAUGAGAAGGCGAAAAUCAACCAGCAUUUCCCUGUUGGCUGCCUUCCAGCCAAUAACUCAACCGCCUUAAAGGGACAGUGACCAGUCUGGCAGCUAUCUCGCUGUUAAUUUUUAAUCUAGGUCGAUUUUCUAGCUACAAAUUGUCUCGCAAAGAGCUAAUGCAUCGUAUUUACUUGAGUAUUUUGCAGCCCCUACUUUUCUCAAUGAAUACAACCAUUCUUUGAAUGAAUUACUCUAUACUUAUGCAUCUACAGUAAAGCUGUAGGUACAGUAACAUUUAUGGGGUUAUCUAGAUGCAUAAUUUAGAUGUUUUAAACGAUAUAUAUCAUAGAUGUGCAAUCAUCUCUAGGGAGCACAUCGUAUAU